AAUUUUGUAGAAUGCACGCCAACACCCCGCCGAUGCAAAAAAAAUGAACUCAGUGUCAAGUUUGAAGGGCUGUAGAGGAAAACAACAACAAUUUAAUGUCUGGAUGGAAAACACGCACACGGAAUAAUCUACGAUGGCUGAACGGCGAUUAAGUUGCAUUUAAAUCAAAUGCAGGUAAUUUGUAACUUUCAUUUGCUGAUUUACCUCCGAUUUUGGCAGUCUAUUCCCACCGGGAAACUCGAACGGACCUCGUCAUGGAAAACUCCAGCGCCGUUUUGGCAGCCAAGGGAGCUGGAGCUGUGAGGAAUCAUAGCACCUAUGUGAUACCCGGAGUGUAUGACCUCUCGGUGGAGGAUACAAACUGGGUCCUAACCUCCUCCUUCAUCAUCUUCACCAUGCAAACUGGGUUCGGAAUGCUAGAGUCGGGUUGUGUGAGCAUUAAAAACGAGGUGAACAUCAUGAUGAAGAACGUAAUCGACAUUGUCCUUGGCGGAUUCACUUACUGGCUCUUUGGGUAUGGCAUGAGCUUUGGCCGAGGUCCACUUUCCAAUCCCUUUAUCGCCAUCGGGGACUUCUUGCUGGAUCCGCCGGUGGGUGAUGCUCUCAUGGGCCAGAUCUUUGCCGCCUUCCUGUUCCAGCUCUCCUUUGCCACCACAGCCACGACAAUUGUUAGUGGAGCAAUGGCUGAAAGGUGCAAUUUCAAAGCCUACUGCUUGUUUUCAUUCCUGAACACUGCUGUUUACUGCAUCCCCGCCGGAUGGGUCUGGGGAGAGCACGGAUUCCUCAACAAAAUGGGUGCCGUGGACAUUGCAGGCAGCGGACCAGUGCACCUGAUUGGAGGCGCCUCUGCCUUUGCCUCGGCCGCUAUGCUAGGACCUCGCUUAGGUCGCUAUUCCGAAGGGUAUGAUCCCUUACCGCUGGGAAACCCGGUUAACGCCUGCAUGGGCCUCUUUGUCCUCUGGUGGGGCUGGCUGGCCUUUAAUUCUGGAAGUACGUACGGCGUGAGCGGUUCCAAGUGGCAGUAUGCGGCACGAGCAGCGGUCAUGACCAUGAUGGGGUCCUUUGGCGGUGGAUUUAUAAGCUCCAUUUACUCUUUCUGGCGACAUGGAGGCGGCAUGGACAUCAUGGAUCUGAUAAACGGAGUUCUCGGAUCAUUGGUAUCCAUCACUGCAGGAUGCUUCCUUUACCGAGCUUGGGAGGCCCUUGUGAUUGGAGCAAUCGGCUCUCUCUUCUGCGUAUUGGCCAUGCCCCUGUUCGAUAGGAUGGGAGUGGAUGAUCCGGUCGGAGCUAGUGCUGUCCAUGGCGUGUGUGGAAUCUGGGGUGUCAUUGCCGUCGGAUUGUUUGCAGACAAUCCCAUUCCCCUGGACACAACCAAUGGACGAAGUGGCCUGUUUAAGGGCGGUGGAUGGUAUCUACUGGGGAUUCAGACGCUCUCCGCCUUCUGCCUGGCUUGCUGGGGCAUCUGUUCCACAUGCCUGCUGUUGUAUGUCAUCAACAAAAUUAUACCCAUUCGCAUGGAUCCUCACGAGGAGCUGCUAGGUGCCGAUCUCACCGAGCACCGGAUUCGUCACUCUCAAAUCGGUUUAUCCCGGGCCAUAUCCGCGUUGGCGCCCAUCAAGGUGGAUCUGAAGGAGAUCGCCGGCAUCCAGCCCAUCGGCAUAAAUCCCGGCCACGAACGCAGUAUCGAUCAACUGCGUGCCGCGGAAGACAAACUGCAGCAGUGGCAAUCCUUCCUGGAUCAGGUGAGUUCUCAGAAGAACCCGAAAACGGAUGCGGGGCAGUCCCAUGCAGACAUCACCCUCAAGCCCCGGACAGCGGGUAAUGUCUUUAAUCGUCGCCCUAUGGAUAGGAACACUACUACCGCAGGCAUAUACCGAGCCAACAACACCGAGCUGCCCGUCAUCGGUAAACUGGAGAAGGAUCCUAACUUUGCUUGGGUGGAUUAGGUCAUUUAUAGUUAAUCCUAUAACAGCAUUACUCACCAAAAAUAAAAAAUUUCGUUACGGCAAGUCAGCUGGAGUCUGUGAGUCACGACAUUUAUUUUAAAAGUUUCUAGACUCUAGAGUUUUUUAAAAGUAUGAUUAGGUUUAAUCACUCCAAAAA